UCUUAUCUGCAUUUAUCAUUACACUAACAGUGAAUGAAAGACUGUGUAUGCUUCGAAUAUGAUACUGAUAUAAAAAAGAAAAGAAAAUGUGUUUUAAACAGUCUGUUGUACAAAGUCAAUGAUAUUUUAACAGUGGAUUACCUCCUGCCGAAACAAUAAGUCAAAUAGAGCCACCUUUAUUCAAAAUGAAAUUAUCAAUAAUUUAGGCAGAAUUCCUCUCUAACUGAAUGCUUCUCAUCAAAUGGAUGAUAAUAUUACACAAGUUAAUUCUACAAAUUUUACGAUUGAUCUAAUCUUUGUCAAUGAUACAACAGAGACAUUGAUGACAAGUAAGCUGCAGUAUAAUACCUCACCGAUGAUAUCAACUGCUCAGCGUAGUAUAAUUCAGCAUUAUAAAGACAAUCAUAGCAGAAGUCUAAUUAAAUCAAAUCAAUCCUUGGUCAAGGGUAUCCGUAACGCUCUCGAUCAACCGUUGGCUGGUUUAAUUGUGAUCGGUUCAUUAUUUUUUAUAAUUAGUCUACUAUUGGCUUUAAUUGUAUUUAUAUUCUAUAAAAAGCGUAACACAGUAUUUGUAUAUGAAAAAAGUCAACACAAUGGAUUGUAUUCAUCUGCUCAAGACAGAUCAAUAGUGAUUGGUCAGACGAAACAAGCCCGACAGAUACAUAAACACACGAUGAUUACAGAUGGGAAUAAUUCAGUUGACAGUUCAAAUGACGAGGAUGAUUACGACGAUGAGGAGGACACUGAAAUCGAGUAUAAUUUGAGUCUAUUCAAUGAAAAUGGUGAUGACAAUGGCGGUGGUGGUGGCGGUGAGAAUCAUAUGAGUGGGAACGAAAUUGAAUUAAAAAGUCAUAAUGUGAAAGCCUCCUAUGUAGUAAGACCAAAGUAUGAAAUUUUACAAAAUCCUCAGUGCAUACUAAAAUUAUCAGACAACAUGCAGAAUUCUUUGCGUGUAAAUGAUGGCAUCAAAAAUUAUGGAGAAUUAUCAGUAGAAAAUAUACACAAAACGAUUCGGCAUCAAUUAAAACAUCAUGAAAAUCAUUUGUUUGUGUAUAAUGGUCAGGUUAUUAGAAAUCCAAGAUUUGUAUUGUGCCCUAAACAUGCACAUCUACUGAACAGUCAAAACAAAUCGGUCAGACCAAAUGAAGAAAAACGUCAACAUACUUCAACAAAUUAAGAUGUUGACUGAGUCGAAAAUGGAGACAAACGAGCUGUUCAAUAAAAAAAUUAUACAUAUACUGGAAUAUCUACUGAUAAGCAGUAGUAGCAGAAGAGUAAUAAAAUAAUGUUUUUACGUUUU